ACGACACAAAAUUUUGACAAUACUACGUCACGCAACACCCAAAAGAGCAAGACUGAACCUAUUUAAACCCCCACCCCAACCCACACAAAUCCCACGCCACCAAAUCCUCAAUCGUUUCACACCUAAACCCACUCGCUCUCACUCUCACUCUCACUCAAUCCCAAUGUCGCCACCACCGGGAACCAUCGUAUUCAACACCGUCGGAAGACCCCAAUACGGCUUCGACGUUUUCUCCGUCGACCUCCACCACCACCACCCUCCGCCUCACGCUGCCACAGACCACCGCCUCACUGAUGCCAUUUCAGUAAACUUCAACGCCCAAUUCAUCAACAACCAAAACGACGUCGUCUUCGUAUCCGAAAGAACCGGGUCGCCCCGCUUCUACAUUACCCGACCCGACAAUAAAAAGCCCCAACCUUUGCCUUUUCUCCCCAAGGCUCUCUUCCACGAUCGCCCAAUCAUUAAAAACGACAACCUCUACUUCGUUUCCACGCUCCACCAACACGACGCCGUUUUCACCAACUUCAGCGCGGUCUAUUCCUCCGCCGUCAAUGACGCCGCCUCCGUCACCAGACUCACCCCGCGCGGCGAGGUCGACUACAGCCCCGCCGUCUCCCUCACCGGAAAAUUCCUCGCUGUCGCGUCUUACCGCUCCCGCCCCUGGCAAACCGACGAUUUCCGCGAACUCCAAACGGAGAUCGUCGUUUUCCCCGAGUCCGAUCCUGGAAACCGAGUCACCGUGAGCGAACGCGGUGGAUGGCCAACGUGGUCGCGAGACUCGACGAUUUUCUUCCACAGAAUCGCCGAAGAUGGAUGGUGGAGCAUUUUUCGCGUUGAUUUUACCGAUUUCGAUCUAUCCGAGUCACGAAACUCGCCGGUCCGCGUCACACCGCCUGGACUGCAUUGUUUCACUCCGUCAGCUUUCCACGACGGGAAGCGCAUCGCCGUCGCAACUCGCAGAAAGGAGAGCAGUUUCCGGCACGUCGAGAUCUUCGAUCUCGAAUCCGAAACGUUCCAACGAGUCACCGAAACUAUAAACCCUAACUUCCACCACUAUAACCCCUUUGUCUCGUUGGACUCUCGCCACCUCGGGUACCACCGAUUCCGAGGCGAGUCAACUCAGGGCGAGUCGACGUACCCGCAUCUCGAUAAAAUUGUCUCUCCGGUUCACGAUUUACAAUUACUCAGACUCAACGGUUCCUUUCCGAGCUUUUCCCCUGACGGAGAUUUCAUCGCUUUUAACCACGACCUCGACGGUAACAGAAACGGCGGGGUUAAGAUCAUUAGCUCAAACGGUUCUAAACGGUGGACGUUACUUAAAGGACGCACGUGCUUCCAUAAUGCGUGGAGCCCGACGGAGAAGAACGUGAUAUUCACCUCCGUUGGUCCAAUCUUCGAGUCGGUUUAUAAAACGGUUCAAAUCGCUCGUAUUGAGUUCGACCCCGCUCAUUUAACUAACGACCGUGAAGAGGUUCCGUUUAAGUUAACGAUUCUGACGAAAGAAGAGACGGGGAAUAACGCGUUUCCGUCAUGCUCCCCGGAUGGGAAGAGUAUUGUGUUUCGGUCAGGGAGGUCGGGGCAGAAGAAUUUGUACGUAGUUGACGCCGUUAAGGGGGAGUGUGAGGGCGAGAUACGGAGGUUGACGGAGGGAGCGUGGAUCGAUACGAUGCCGUGUUGGUCACCGAAAGGGGAUUUGAUAGCGUUUUCGUCGAACAGGCAUGAGGCGAAGAAUAGCGAGGUGUUUGGGAUUUAUUUGGUGAGGCCUGAUGGGAGUGGGUUGAGGAGGGUUGAGGUGGCGAAGGGAGAGGAAGGUGCGAAGGAGAGGCUGAACCACGUGUGUUUCAGCCGCGACGGAGAGUGGUUGCUGUUCACGGCCAACUUGGGUGGCUUGUGUGGUGAACCGGUGGGGUUGCCCAACCAGUUUCAACCGUAUGGGGACUUGUAUGUGGUGAGGGUGGAUGGGAGUGGGUUGAGGAGGCUGACGUGUAACGCCUACGAGAAUGGAACGCCCACGUGGCACCCUGGGGACUUGGCUGCUGGAGAUUAUGGUGGAGCUCAGGAUUGGGAUAAGGUGGAGGGUGACUUUCAGGAACCGCUCUGGAUCACAUGUGCCAUUUAGAUUUUAUCACUUGUGUUUCAUUGGUCAGUGGUGACUGGGAAAAUAAAUUGUAAUGUAAUAUGAACCUGAUUUCGUCUUCUGUGGGGUGUUGGAUUGUUCUAAACUUGUAAUGUUUGUCCGUUAUAGGUAAAUAAAAACUUGUGAUGUUGUUUGUUGCAUGUUUCUAAA